AUGAAAUUUAACCCGUUUCUGGUGAGUGACCUAGACAUGAGUUUACAUCGGCAAAUGGGCUCUGAUCGGGACCUCCAGUCUUCUGCUUCCUCUGUGAGCUUGCCAUCAGUUAAAAAGGCACCAAAGAAAAGAAGAAUUUCAUUGGGCUCUCUGUUUCGGAGAAAAAAAGACACAAAACGCAAAUCUAGGGAUUUAAAUGGAGGUGUUGAUGGAAUUGCAAGUAUUGAAAGUAUUCAUUCAGAAAUGUGUACAGACAAGAACUCUGUUUUCUCCACAUGUACCUCUUCUGAUAACGGAACAACCUCUAGCGGCAAACCAGGUGGAGACUUCAUGGAAUGCCCCUUGUGCCUUUUGCGGCACUCUAAGGACAGGUUCCCGGAGAUAAUGACUUGUCAUCAUAGAUCUUGUGUGGAUUGCUUGCGUCAGUAUCUCCGGAUAGAAAUCUCUGAGAGCAGAGUUAAUAUUAGCUGUCCAGAAUGCUCAGAACGAUUUAAUCCUCAUGAUAUUCGCUUGAUAUUAAACGAUGACAUCUUGAUGGAAAAAUAUGAAGAGUUUAUGCUUAGGCGGUGGCUUGUUGCGGAUCCUGAUUGUAGGUGGUGCCCAGCUCCGGACUGUGGAUAUGCUGUGAUUGCUUUUGGAUGUGCCAGCUGUCCCAAACUUACGUGUGGACGGGAAGGCUGUGGAACUGAGUUUUGCUACCACUGUAAGCAGAUUUGGCAUCCCAACCAGACCUGCGAUGCUGCUCGCCAGGAGAGAGCUCAGAGCCUUCGCCUAAGAACAAUUCGUUCUUCAUCUAUUAGUUACAGCCAGGAAUCUGGAGCAGCAGCUGACGACAUAAAGCCAUGCCCACGCUGUGCUGCUUAUAUAAUAAAAAUGAAUGAUGGAAGCUGCAAUCAUAUGACUUGUGCUGUUUGUGGCUGUGAAUUCUGUUGGCUGUGUAUGAAAGAGAUCUCAGAUUUACAUUAUUUAAGCCCAUCAGGUUGCACCUUCUGGGGAAAGAAACCGUGGAGCCGUAAGAAGAAAAUACUGUGGCAACUAGGGACACUUGUUGGAGCUCCUGUAGGAAUUGCCUUAAUAGCUGGCAUUGCUAUUCCUGCUAUGAUCAUUGGAAUUCCUGUGUAUGUGGGACGUAAGAUUCACAAUCGAUAUGAAGGCAAAGACAUUUCAAAGCACAAGCGAAACUUGGCUAUAGCAGGUGGUGUAACCUUAUCUGUAAUUGUUUCUCCUGUUGUAGCUGCAGUAACUGUAGGUAUUGGUGUUCCUAUUAUGCUGGCUUACGUGUAUGGAGUUGUUCCAAUUUCCCUGUGCCGGAGUGGAGGCUGUGGUGUGUCAGCAGGCAAUGGAAAAGGAGUCAGGAUAGAAUUUGAUGAUGAAAAUGAUAUAAAUGUGGGUGGAACAAAUGCAGCUGUAGAUACCACUUCAGUAGCAGAGGCACGUCAUAACCCUAGCAUAGGUGAGGGGAGUGUUGGAGGACUGACUGGCAGCCUGAGUGCAAGUGGCAGCCACAUGGACAGAAUAGGAGCCAUUCGAGACAACCUCAGUGAAACUGCCAGUACCAUGGCCCUGGCUGGGGCUAGCAUCACAGGGAGUCUCUCAGGAAGUGCAAUGGUUAACUGCUUUAACAGACUGGAAGUACAAGCAGACGUACAGAAAGAACGAUACAGUCUGAGUGGAGAAUCUGGUACAGUUAGUUUGGGAACAGUUAGUGAUAAUGCCAGUACCAAAGCAAUGGCAGGAUCCAUCCUGAACUCCUACAUCCCUUUGGACAGGGAAGGCAACAGUAUGGAAGUGCAAGUGGAUAUUGAGUCCAAGCCGGCCAAAUUCAGACACAACAGCGGAAGCAGCAGCGUUGAUGAUGGCAGCGCUGCCGGUCGCAGUAAUGCCGGGUGUUCCUCGGCGUGCCUGCCAGAAAGCAAAUCUAGUGCCACCAAGUGGUCCAAAGAAACAACAGCAGGAAAAAAAUGCAAAGGUAAGCUGAGAAAGAAGAGCAGCAUGAAGAUAAACGAGACGAGAGAGGACAUGGAUGCUCAGCUGUUGGAACAACAAAGCACAAACUCCAGUGAAUUUGACUCUCCCUCUCUUAGCGAUAGUAUCCCAUCUGUAGCAGAUUCCCACUCCAGCCAUUUUUCUGAGUUUAGUUGCUCAGAUAUGGAAAGUAUGAAAACUUCCUGUAGCCAUGGUUCCAGCGACUAUCAUACUCGCUUUACCACAGUCAGUGUCCUCCCAGAGGUGGAAAACGAUCGCUUGGAAAACUCUCCACAGCCAAGUGGAAUCCCUGCUCCUGUUCCAACAGCCCCAAGCACCGAUGUUCCACAGCUGAGUUACAUUGCUGAGGAAAGCAUUCAUAAUGGGUCUUCGAAAGACCUAGAUUUAGGUGGUGUUGAAACACUGAAAGAAACAAACAACAACCAUUCACAACAUGCUGGGGAGUUAAGCACUGCUAUUCAGACUGAAAUAUAA